AUGCGCCUCUUUCCCAAUCAAGAUAUUCUUCAAGUAUUGAUGGAAUUUACACGAGUGAACAAGUUGAGAGCUGUCACAGUUCAAGCUGUAGUGGGUUCUGUUCGCAAAGCAGUGAUGCGAUUAGCAAAUAGAGACUUUUCAACAUCAUUCGAAAAGGGUCCCUAUGAAAUUGUAAGCUUGAGCGGAACGAUAUCGGCCAACUACAAUUCAACAACAAACGAUUAUUCGGAUAUUAUUCCACAUAUCCACAUGUCCAUUUCUGAUGGAUUUACUGGAAGUACUUUUGGUGGACACAUGGUGGAAGGCUGCAUGGUUUACACCACAGUUGAAAUUGUGUUAAAUGAGCUGACAGACGUUUACUUUGAAAGAAAGCUAGAUCCAGAAACUGGAUAUGACGAAUUGGUCAUCAUUCCCAAAUAA